CCCUAAAAGAAGGAGCUGGUGCUGGAAUAAAGCCCAGGAGCUUGGGAAUCUCUUUGGAAACAGCACGUUAAUUAAUCCAGCAUUAAUCCACACACCUGCAGCCCCUGCACACCUGAAUAUUCUUCCACUCCUCAGCCCCACAUGAUUCUUGUCCCAUAAAAACCUGACCCAGCUCUGCUAGGGAAAGGGAGACUGUGGGUGCUGUUGUUUUGGUUUUUGUCUCUUUUUUUGUUUGUUUGGGGUUUUUUUUGGUUUUUUUGUUUGUUUGUUUUUUAUUUUGUUUUUGUGUGUGUGCUGUGUAAAUGAUCCAGUGCCCUGUGGUGUUUUAUCUGUUUUCUUGGUGCCUCUUUGUGAAGUUUAUCUCAAGUUUUUAUUGUCUCCUCUGUGAAAAGGUGAUGGUUUUGGUCUUUUUUUUUUUUUCUUUAAUAUAAAAAAUGAUACAUUUGUAAGAUCUGCUCUGUCUGAUAUAUGUGACAAUUAAGAACUAUUACACUUUAAUUUUUUUUUUUAAAUAUUCUCUCUUGCUUGGUGCAGGUGCCUUCUGGUAAUGCAUUAAGCUGGUUUUAAUAUCCCAAACUAAAUUUAAUCUGCUGUUUGGCAGUCAGGCUUUGUCUGUCCUGGCUUGUGCAGAUUUUACAGCAUCAGUUCUUGGAACCUGACGGUGCCUUAAUGUUAUUAAAUCUCUCUGGUGUGGUGUUCCAUCCGUACUGCAGCAGCUCCUGUGCUGCAAUUCAAGAUGAAAGAUGAAAUUGCUGCCGUGGUUUUCUUCAUCACAAAGCUGGUGAAGAGGGAGGGCAAGCUGAGCAAGGAUGAGAUAGAGAAGUUUGCAGCGAAGCUGACCACGAUCCUGUUUGAAAAGUACAAAAAUCACUGGUACCCAGACACUCCAUCCCGAGGCCAAGGCUUCAGGUGUAUCAGGAUCAACAAACAGGCGCGGGAGCCCCUGCUGGAGCAGGCUUGCGUGGACAGCGGGGUGCCCUUCAGCCUGCUGGGCUUGCCCAAGGACGUGACGGUGUGGGUGGAUCCCUUCGAGGUGUCCUGCAGGUACGGGGAGAGGAACCAUCCCUUCAGCGUGGCGCGCUUUGACGGCAGGGAGAACCCCGAGCUGCCCCAGCACGUCAGCCUCGCUGUGGCCAAAGCUGCCCUGGACUAUGACUCGGGCACCUCCUCGGAUGAGGAGAGCUUCAGCAAGGAGCCCAGAGCCAUCCCCACUGUCAGCAACCCCAACAGCAUCUACCAGCUCCUGCAGGCUCCCCCCGUGCCCUGGUGGCAGUACCAGCACAGAAAGCCCCACCUGGCCGAGGGCUCCCACUUUGGCCAGCACAGGGGCUACAGGACCCACGGGCCCGUGGCCACCUCUGCUGGCCCCUGCGUGGACAGGUACCACUGGAUCAACCCCAAGAAGUAGAGCCGGGGCUCCUUUUAUGUUUUGGAGCCCUGAUUUUAUCACGGGGUGAAGGCCGGCGCUGUCAAACCUCCUAAAAAGAGCAUUUCUUGUCCAAUCCCUACCCCCUGACUCUAUUUAUUAAUAUUUUUGAGGGGUGGGGGUGGGGGGGUAUUACGGGUUUUUUUAAUAGUUUUAAUUGAUGUUAACGUGAGAAUUAAGAUGUAAUGUGGGGACUCUUCUUGUGAAUUUAAAAAGGAAAUGCGUUAAUUAAUAAAUUAAUAAAUCUGCUGUUAUCGAAGCCAGCUGCUGGUGGUGUUCAGGAAUUUUUCUGAUGGAAGA